AUAAAAAUUAAAAGUGGUAUAAGGAAAUGGACGCGAAAGAACUGAUAUCUAUGAGAAUCGAUCAUAUGUUUUUCAAUAAUAUUAUAUAUAUUCUCGUGUGAACCGUGAAAAAACUUUCAAGUUGAAGGAUAAAGAGGAAAGAGCGACAAAUCAAUUAAGAAAGAAUAUGCUUGUGAUCGUAUCAGAAUGCAGCACGAGGGAUCACGAUGAGCAUGAGCAACGAAACGAAUGGCUUGUUGGAUGGUCUGGCAGGCUACAAAUUAAAUCUUACGAAUCCAGACGAUUGCAACUACUUCGGAUCCCAAAGCAUCUUCUCCACAAGCUGGUUUCGCGGUAUCAUUUAUUUCGUGUAUAGCACGGUAUUCGUGGUUGCGUUAACAGGAAACGGCCUGGUUUGCUACGUAGUGCACAGCAGCCCCCGAAUGAAGACCGUCACCAACUUCUUCAUCGUGAACCUUGCUCUAGGAGACAUCCUGAUAGCCUUGUUCUGCGUUCCAACCAGCUCCAUCAGUACACUAAUAUUGCAAUAUUGGCCGUUUGGUCCGGAACUCUGCCCGACCGUUAUUUAUUUGCAGGCAGUAUCAGUUCUAGUGAGUGCUUACACGCUCGUUGCGAUCAGUAUAGAUCGUUACAUAGCUAUUAUGUGGCCUUUGAAACCAAGAUUGAGCAAACGGCAAGCUCAACUUCUAAUUCUCGCUGUUUGGAUGCUGGCUAUGGUAAUAUCGCUCCCUAUCGCUAUUGUUUCAAAGCUCUUCCAACCAUCGAUCCAAUAUAAAAGAUGCAAUCAAUAUAUCUGCAUUGAAGUUUGGCCAUCGUUGGAAAACAGAUAUUAUUACUCGAUCGCCUUAUUGGUUCUUCAAUAUGUGAUACCAAUAACAGUACUAGUGUUCACUUAUACCAGCAUCGCUAUUAUGGUUUGGGGUAAACGACCACCAGGAGAAGCUGAAAAUAUCAGAGAUCAGAGAAUGGCACGUUCAAAAAGGAAGAUGGUGAAAAUGAUGGUAACAGUUGUAAUAGUGUUCACUGUCUGCUGGCUUCCAUUCAAUAUAUUGAACUUAAUAAUGGAUAAUAAUGAAACUCUUGGAAGUUGGACUUGGUUUCCUUUUGUAUGGAUGAUUCUUCAUUGGUUGGCUAUGUCUCAUUCCUGUUACAAUCCAGUAAUUUAUUGCUGGAUGAACGCAAGGUUUCGAGCUGGCUUCAUAACAGCAAUCGGUCAUUUACCUGGUACACAUCGAAUUCUUCGCAGGGAAAGACGUGAUAAUUAUAAUGCUAGUUUGGAUAUUCCCUUAACAGGUUUCAAUGAUUCAAAUCAUUCUGUUCUUCGACGUAUGAACACAUGCACAACAUAUAUUAGUGUUCGUCGCAAAGCAAAUGGAAAUCACACUGCACCUGCAAGAAGUGCAAGCUUCCGGAAUGAUUCUUUCCGACCAAUGACACAACAAUUACAACGACAAUUCACUUACCUCGAAUCUCAUACAGAGGAGCAAUUAUAAAGAAUUUUUGUAAUUAAAUUUGUGAUUAAAUAUUAAAUGAGGGUAAAUAUGAGAUUAGUGAGUACGAUAUAUAGAAAAUUUGAGUGAUGUAAAAAUUUGGAAAAAGAUAGCGUAUGAAGAUCGUGAAAGAACAUGAGUUAAAAAAGAAUUGCAAAU